AUGGCUACCAUGGCCGCCGCAUAUGGCACUGAGGCUCUAUCGCCUCGAGCCUUUGCCGUACAGCACCACCGACCCAAAGACAGCUUCACGGGAUGCUCGCGCAUCAGCGACUACGAACUCAUGGGCAAGUUGGGUGAAGGCACUUUUGGCGAGGUUCACAAGGCGAGGACGCGACAGACGGGAACCAUGGUCGCACUGAAGAAGAUUAUCAUGCACAACGAGAAAGAUGGGUUUCCCAUCACCGCGCUCCGAGAGAUCAAGCUCUUGAAGCUGCUGUCGCACAAGAAUGUACUCCGCCUGGAAGACAUGGCCGUCGAGCACCACUCCAAGAUCACCGACAAGAGAAAGCGACCCAUCAUGUACAUGGUGACGCCCUACAUGGACCACGACUUGUCCGGUCUUCUCGAUAACCCCUCCGUUCACUUCACCGUACCGCAAACCAAGUGCUACCUAUUCCAGCUUCUCCAAGGCCUCCGCUACCUCCACGACAACCGGAUUCUGCAUCGAGACAUGAAGGCAGCCAACCUUCUUAUCAGCAAUAAAGGCAUACUUCAGAUCGCUGAUUUCGGUCUCGCGCGACAUUACGAUGGCCCCGUCCCGAAACCCGGCGCAGGCGGCGGUGACGGAAAGAGAGAAUACACAAGCCUCGUGGUCACGCGAUGGUAUCGGCCCCCGGAGUUAUUGAUGUUUCUCAAGAAAUACACCACUGCUAUUGACAUGUGGGGUGUUGGUUGCGUCUUUGGCGAGAUGUUGGUUGGCAAACCAAUCCUAGCCGGCGAGAGCGACGUUCAUCAACUCGAGAUAAUCUUUGAUCUCGUUGGAUCACCUACCGAUCAGACAAUGCCGGGAUGGAAGCAAUUGCCCGGCGGCGAGAAACUUACCCCAAGGUCAAGACCCGGAUCACUGUCACAACGGUUCCGCGAGCAUGGUGCGGAUGCCGUCUCCCUGCUCAAGCAGCUUCUACAGCUUGACUGGCGCAAUCGAAUCAACGCGAUUGACGCGCUCGAACACCCGUACUUCAAGACCACCCCUUAUCCGGCCAGGCCUGAAGACAUUCCUCACUUCGAAGACAGCCACGAACUGGAUCGUAGAAAGUUCCAUGAUCGAAAGGCAGCUCUUCCCCCGGCACCCCAAGGCGGCACUGUCGGCGUCGGCGCCUUUGAAGGUCCCAAUGCAGGAUUCGGCAGCGGUAACGGUAACGGUUAUGGCAACAGGAUGAAUGGCAGGUACCCAAAUCACCAAGGAGGUGGACACCGCAAUGGCGAGGACGGUGGCCGACGGCCAGCCUGGGCUAGAGAACAGCCACGUCACGAGCACCGACUACCGCCGCGACCCCCUCUGCCCGAACUUCCCAUAAAUACUCGCGAUGGCGCCAUGGAUCAUCCCGAUCCAUACCGAGAACGGGACCGCGCACCUCGAAAUGCUCGUGGUGCCGGGGGAGGAAAUCGACCAGAUGUCGAUACAUAUAUUCCAAGCUACCGUGGAGGACGAGAUGAGAGGCCACCGCGGGAGGAUCGUCCACCGCGAGAGGAUCGUCCACCGAGAGAAGACCGUCCGCCGCGGGACGAUCGAAGAUGGGACGAUCGAGAUGACAGACGGCAUGGAUGGGAUCGCCGGGAAAGAGACUACGACGACCGCAAUCGAGUCAGCAAGACGCGAAGCCGUAGCCGUUCGCCCAUGAGAGCUCGCAGAUAG